AUGAUCCCCGAAACAGAAGUCCUCAUAACAGGCGCCGGCCCAACAGGCCUAGUCCUCGCCCUCUGGCUUCACAAGCAAGGAAUAAAAAUCCGCAUUAUCGACCAAGCAGACUCACCAGCAAAGAACUCCCGCGCACUAGUCGUGCACGCCCGCAUCAUAGAAAUGUACCGCCAACUCGACCUAGCGGAUGACCUCCUAGCAAUAGGGUACAAGCUCCCAGCCACAAAUCUCUGGGUGCAUAAACAACACAAAGCCCGCAUCCCACUUGGCGACUUCGGCGCUGAGCUGACGCCAUACCCGUUCAUGUUGACAGUUCCGCAAGAUGAGCAUGAGCGCAUGCUUGAGAAAAGACUCAAUGAUCUUGGCAUCUUUGUCGAGAGACGAGUCAAGUUGCUUGGGUUUGUGGAUCAUGGGUCUAGCAUUACUGCGACGCUUCUCGAAGAAGCCGAUGGUAUCUCUGAGACGUGUGAUGCGUCGUUCAUUGUUGGAUGUGACGGUGCGCAUUCUGCUGUUCGACAUGCCAUCGGUGCGAAGUAUGAAGGGGAGACGUACAAGCCGCUUUUUUACAUCGCCGACAUUGAAAGUCAGGAUGAGGCCCUUGCUAAUGGGGAAGGGAAUUUGAUGAUUUCGAAUGAUACGUUCAACUUGAUUGUGCCGUAUAAUAAGGAAGGGCAUCUUCGACUUGUUGGGAUUACGAUACCCGAUACCAACGAUGACACUCAACGUCUUGGAUCAGCUGAGGAAGACCACAAGAUUACUUUUGAUGAUGUCCGGCCUCAGAUCGAAGAGGCGAUGGAUCUCGAAAUUGAGAAGGUUAAUUGGUUUUCUACUUACCGCAGCCAUCACCGUGUUGCUGAGAAGUUCCGCGAGAAUAGGGCUUUCCUUGUUGGUGAUGCUGCUCAUAUUCACAGUCCUGUUGGUGGACAGGGUAUGAAUACUGGUAUCAUGGAUGCGAUCAAUCUGGCAUGGAAGCUGGCAACUGUCUUGAAGACUGAUAUGGACGAUGAAGCUAAGCACCAGCUGCUGGAAUCGUACGAGUCUGAACGCCGCACCUUUGCUUUGAAGAUUGUUACAUCUACCGAUGCGGGUUUCACCACAUUGACAUCGAAGGGGAUAUUCCCACACAUUCUUCGAAACUGGUUGAUUCCUUAUCUUGUACCACUAGCUGUGAAGUUUGAACAUGCCCGGACUCAGAUCUUCCGGGGUGGAUCACAACUUAUUUGCAGCUAUCGGGGUAGCACUCUGAGUCAAGAAGGCGCAACUGGGAUUGUGCAAUCUGGAGAUCGUCUUCCUUGGAUCAAAAUGGGCCAGGAGGAUAACUUUUCCACGCUGCGGGAUAUUGGCUGGCAAAUUCAUGUAUACGGGGAGACCGGGCCUCUUGUUGAAGAAUGGACCCAACGGAUGAACGUCAAGAUGUUUGUUUUCCAAUGGGAUGAGCAGUAUGCUAAGACUGGGCUGACCAAGAAUGCUGCUUACUUGCUGCGUCCGGAUCAUUAUCUUGCGGGGAUCUUUGAGGGCCCCUCUGUCGAGUCAGGACUAGAGGAUUACUUCUCUAACCGGGGACUUGGACGUUAG